AAUGGCCAGUCUCCGUGAAGAUCACCAUCCUCCGUGAAUUAAGUUCACGCGAGGAUGUACAAGUCGAAGGAUGGGGUAAUGGUUACAUAAUAAUUACGCGCAGCCGGAGGGAAAGGAAACUGUUUAGUCGAGCAUGUAUUUAUUCUUAAUCACAACUUAUUGCCCCGUUCGAGAAUAAUCGGGGGCAGCUGUUGCGAUCGUUUUUCAUCGACAGAACUGGUAUUAAUGUCAGCGAUUUCGCUUCAAGGUUUCGAUUACGAAAAUCAACGCGAUCCGAUGGUGGAGACCAGUCGCGACUGAAACUCGUUCUCGUUUGCAACCAGGAGAAGCCCGUUCCGUACACUUUAUCACGGAUUACCCGUGCAGAAAUUCGUCGCCGCUCUUUUCUACCAUUUUGUGACACACCGAACGGACGCGUUUCUCUUUUUUCUUUUUUUUCCUUUCGGCUGCGCGCGCCCGGGACCCACUCGCAAAUUAGUUCGAGUUACUUCCGGUUGGCAUAAUUCCUCCGCCGGAACAGAAAUGGACGUUGACACAACGCGAAACGGUGUGGCUGGAAGAAAAGAGUACGCUGCAACACGGCUUCCAAGGAACCUGGACAUCGAGCGGUACUCGAGAGGAAUCCCGAAGCAUCGUAGAUACAAAAUCGUGCGACGCUCGGCACAAUAACUUCCGGUGAGAGAGGGAGUUAAAUACGAUACAUGGCUUGACACAAUUUCAAACGCGUACGCGUUCCGAUCGUUCGCCGCAGAUUCUGCAGUUUAUUACAAAUCGAAGAUACGACGAUCCUGAGCCGUCCUCUAUCCACUUCCAUUUCUCCUGCCAGCGCUGCACUUAUUCUCGUUUACCCGCAGCUCAACGGCGAUACAGGAUUAACAGAAGGACACGUGUCCUUUAAGAUCCUCUUCACUCCUUUUUACGAUUCUCCUCGAACGAAUAAAGGAACGAACGUGGUUCAAUUAACGCGAUUACUAUCUUCUGGAAUCUCCGGCGGUAACGUUAAAAUUUUCAUUCGAACGAGCAAGCCGGGUAGCUGUUUUUCUUUUCUUUCUUUCUUUUUUCUGAGAUUUUUAACUAACCUCGUGGAAAAAUCAACCGACCGCUCGGUUCGCCUAAGUGGUCGUCGGGAAAGAAAGAAAAAGAGAAGAGAGAAUCAAGAAGGGUGGACCUUUCGAGGAUGAGACGGAAGUAGCGGGGAGAAUAUUCAUGAAAAACACUGGAAACCUGUAAGUUUCAAAGGAUUUCUCCCUUUAUCAUUUAAAGCAGGGAGAAGGUAACACGCGCGACGAGGAAACUGAACCUCGUGAAUUUCGCUGUCGCAUGCAAAUAAAGCGUUUCGAAGCGUGUCCGGUAGUCGAGCUGAAAACUUUCAAACACCUAUGCCAGCGCGCUUAAUUGAUAAUUAAGCAGCCGAGAGAAAGAGAGAAAGAGGACGAUUUCCUCGUCGAAAGUAACCGGCUGAAGUUCACGGGGAAAACAAUCUUCCGCUCGAACAGAGAUAGUCGGGUGCAAAAAUUCAAUUGCGCCGCUGAAUCACAAAGGGGAAAGAAAUCUCGUUGAACGGCAGCAGGAAAAUGGUUUUGUCCCGUUGUUUGCUUGAGCAGGUCAGUUCCGGUUUAUAAUCGAGCGACUAUCAAAUCUGUGAUUCGUUUUCUUUACGCUGUUGAUAAAAAGGUGAAAGGAAAUCGGGACGAACAAUAGCUCGUUGCGUUCGAUCGGUUCCUCGACUAAUACGAAUCGAAGAGCUCAAGUUUAAUAGAAAACUCGCAGGGAAAUCGGUUACAACACUCGUUAGAUAAGAUCGACAAACGAGAGACUUCCUCUCUUAUCCUCGAGUGUCCGAUUGAAACGUAAGGAAAAAGAUUAGAUCGAUAAGAAGAGGUAAACGGCAAAUUGCCACGCUGAUCGUGCAACUGGGAUCGCAAGACGAGAGGAUCGCGCGCAAAGGAUCCCCCUUUUUCUUCAAAACGGUGGAAAGGAAUUCACGAAACACGGCGAACCAGUACGGGGUACACUACACGGGCUCGUACGCGUACAGCAACGGGGCACCGAGUGUGUACAGUGGUUACCCGACGAACGGCGGCUUCGCCCAGCAGCCUCAUCUCCAUGAAGAUUAUCGGCCGAUUUACUUUUACGUAGCCCAACCGUAUACCAUCCCGUAUACGUUCGCCAAGAGGCCGAGACCGUCGUCUCUGUCGAGGCCCGGCAAACAGCCUCGCAACAGCAACUGUCGCGUGAAAUUCUCCAAGAGGCUCGCCAACCACGAUUUCUCGGAGAAGGUGAAGCGGGGCGAGUUCUCGAGGAGUUUGAACCAGGUGCAUUUCGUCGAGAACCAAGGGCAAGUGAUCUCGAACUAUCCGAAGGCUGGCUUGCCUCGUGACCCGAGGAUGACGUCGAUGUUUCGAAGAGGUACCAUCUUCGCCACCUUCUUCCUAUCGUUGCUCGGCGGAGGGUUGGUUUGCGCCGCCCUGGUAACCCAACACUGGGUCGAGGCGCGACCUUUGAGAACGUUGAAUCCUCAGGUCAGCUCCGGACGGGUUCACUUUGGUCUUCUUCAGGGGAAGAAGGAAUUGAACGUCGGCUACGGUUGGAGGACCUACCACAUCUCCGUACCUCAGAUGAUCAAACAAGAUCCUACGGUGAUGUCCUGGGGACUUUGGAUUAGCACGUUAACGACAACUUCGGCGGCUCUUGUCACCGCGGGCUUAGCUGCUCUCCUGGCUGUUUUGAACACGGCCACCUCGCCGAGAUCGAAAAUCCUCUCGGAUCCAGGAGUAUACUUCGUAAACGUUCUAACGCUGCUAAUGUGCCUGGCAAGUACGAGCACAUGGUUGGCACAAUAUUACACGAAGCUGUACUUCAACGUGCUUCUAAAGGAGGACAUCGACAAUAUGUGGACCAGCGAAGGCUCAGCUGAGUUGGGUUAUUCAUUUUGGCUGGUCGUGUGCGCUGGUGUGGUACAUUUAAUCAGCAUAGCAUUAGUCGGCUGGGGCUCGGGACGGGACAAGAUCGAACGUCUCGAGACAAUUCCGGCGCUAGAGGAAAAGACAGCCGCGGCAAUAAUGCUGUAUUGAAUCCCAUCGCUGUUGGGACGAACGUUCAAAGGGAAGAACGGAUCCAUUACAGAAAUGAAACAGCGCUGCGAGAUGUUGGCGCAACAAUGGAAGGAGAGCAUCGAACGAGAAAAGCAAAGUACAUUUCCCUCGUUCAACCGGUGUGUUCUGUGAAGUUCCUACGUGUUGGCAUUUCUGUUUAUGAACGGACCAGCGUUAAAUACUCUUCGAGUUCUGCAGAUUUAUUACGCAUAAGUUGGAGGUUUGUAAGAUUUAAUUGCAUUUAACGCGUGAAUCCCGGUGAAAAAAGAAAAGUGUAAAGUUAUGAAAGAACUGAGAACUGAGAACUGAUACGUUGCUAGAUUACACUAUAUUUUUCGAUAAUGAAUCUAAUAUUUAAUUACAGAUAUCUGUAACACGAUUUAUUACUUGUCUCUAUCCAAGUGAUAGUAUUUAUUCGUCGCCGAAUCUUUGUUUAUGGUUCUAACAUUUUCUAUCGCUAUUCCAGGCGCGUUUAUUAAUCAUUAGAUUAACGUUAGAGGAAUGUUAGUAUGUGUUAGCGUAUACUUUGUUUACGCUGUGUUUCCAUUCGUUCAGAGGAUAAUAAGUCGAUUUGGUGGCCUUGCAAACGUUUCGUUUCAGUGUCGUAGGAUGUAAAUAGAAACGGAGUUUGAUACUCUGUAGUGAUUUAUUUAUUAUGUAGUAUUUUAAUUACGAACUAUAUCAUAAAUGUAAUAAAACAAUUAAAAAGACAAUACGGAUAAGA